AUGUCGUGUGGCCCAUGCAAGGAGACGGUCGAAUGCGAGGAAAUCCCCGAGGAGGACGCUGAGUACCAGGCGCUGACGGAGCUGUACGACCGGAUGUUCUGUUCACGGGGCGAUGCGUGCUGUCCGGCCGACGUCGGCAGCGACACGUUCGGGCCACUACUGCAGAAGGACCUCGAGCGUGGUCACUGCCAGUGUCUGCUGACGUCGUCGCCCGCCGACGGGCCGCAGGAGACACCGGCCGCCGCCCAAGACUACUGCGCCGACCCGGCGUCGAUGUGCAACUCGCCGAUAAAGCGCGCUGACCGACUGCUGACCGCCGCGAUGCUCAGGCAGCGGAAGGACGGCGGCGGUGGCGCGGCGGCCGAGGGCGACGUCAAGCACCUGACGGACGCGGUGCCCGCGUUCAAGUCGUGCAAGGCCCGCAAGCCCGGCGCUAUCAACUCCGCGCUGUUCGGCUUGGACCUGGAACACUGGAUGUCCGCGGCCACGGCGGGCGAUGGCCGCGACGAAGGCGCCAAGCGCGCCGCCUACGACCUGGCCGCGGCCGAGGCCUACUGCAAGCACAGCGGCGCAGUCGAGGCGGCCGAAUUGGCCGUGCACGUCGAGCCGGCCAGACACCUGGCCGAGGUGGCGGCCCGCUUCGGCGCCCAGACAUACAGCGGCGGCGUUGGUAGCGGUGGCGCGGACGACUGCUCCGGCGGCUCCGGUGGCGACAGUACGCCCGUGGUGGUCGUAGCGUACGUUGGAAACACAUUCCCGUCGCCGUCGGACGACUAA